UAUAUCCUCACCCUUCUACUCCAUCUCUGGGCUGAACAUGACAACAAGCGAAGAAAUGGCAUCAUUGAUCAAGCAAAUUCGUGCAUUCGGAACAUGCGAGAUUGCAGAUGCACUCAUCAAGCUAAAAGUAUCAUCAGGAGGGUAUUUGGCGGGCAUCGAGAGCCAUUCACCAAAGAGUCCGGUAGAUAUAUGCGGUCCUGCGUUCACAGUAGAGAUGGUAUCGCAGCAAGACACAUCAGCACCUAAACCUGAAAAGCAUUUCGUCGAUGCAACCGAAGGUCAUUCUGGCAGUAUAAUGGUCAUCUCUGCUCCUCAUGAUUCCCGAUCAGCUGUUUGGGGAGGAUUGAUGACUAAUCGAGCACAAUUUAAUGGAAUACAAGGAGCAAUCAUCAGCGGUCGUUGUCGUGAUUUACAAGAACAAUGGGAUGCAGGAUUUGCGAUUUAUUCAAGAGGUCAUUCGAUCUUAGGACAAUCUCCUUUUACCAGACCGUCUAGGCUGCAAGUACCUCUAGAGAUUAAUGACCCGACUUCAUCCACAUUUCCAUCCACAAAAGUAUCACCGGGAGAUAUCGUUCGAGCAGAUGUAGACGGGGUGGUCGUUUGUCCUGCGGGUUUAGCGGAGAAGGUGAUCGAGCUUGCUACGAAAGGAAGGGAAGUGGAUGAAAAUUGCAAGCAAGAUUUACUCAAAGGACAUGCCGUCAAAGAAACAUUUGCUAAAUGGCGAGGAAAGUAGAUGAUGAUGAUAUAAGCAUUUGCAAUGAAAUCACACUUGAUCAUCAACAAUGUUUGUUGUGACUGUCUUGAUACACGCGCUUUCAUGUCGUGUCGCGUCACGUCAAUUAACGCGAACUUAAUGGGAGACGCGUCUUAUAUUUUUUCUACCGUGUAAAGUGCUUGUGACACGAUGGGUUGCAUUGUUGCAGCCUUUAAUAGGCGAG